AUGUUUUCACGAACGACUAUCACGUUUGCACGUAGUCGAGCCGUCGCUUAUGGUCGAUAUCGCGCUGCAGCGGUUGCCACCACCUGUGUGCGUGUUCAUCCGUUUCACAGCAGCGUAUCACCCAAAAUCCACUUGUGGGAUUCAUUACCUGGAGAAGAAACAAAAGAAAGCGAGGGCGUAAAACGAUUAUUAGGAGAAGCUCGUGCUGAUUAUUUCAGCAAGAAGGAUCCAAAAACAGGAUUGACCAAGAAUGACUACGACGUGGUUGUUGUGGGCGCUGGCAUCAUCGGUCUUGCUACCGCACGCGAACUAUUGAAGAGAUAUCCCAAAAUGACGGUCGCUGUACUGGAACGAGAAGCGGAAGUGGCCCAUCAUCAAACCGGGCAUAACUCGGGUGUGAUUCACGCCGGUUUAUAUUAUAUUCCCGGCACAUUGAUGGCUAAAACGUGCGUUCGUGGAGCCGAUCUUAUGUACAAAUAUUGUGAAGAACGUAAAUUGCCCGUGGAGCGGUGCGGCAAAUUGAUUGUUGCGAGCAACAAGGACGAGCACAAAGAAGUAGAGAAAUUGUAUAACCAAGGCACAGCAAACGGUGUGCAGGGUCUUGAGAUUAUCUAUCAUGACAAGAUCAAAGAACUGGAACCCAAUGUAGAAGCCUAUAGUGCCCUCUAUUCUCCCAAUACCGGUAUCACUAACUACUGGCUCGUCAGUCAAAGCCUUAUGCAAGAUAUUCGAGAUACAGGUCGUGGUGAUGUAAAAACAUCUUUUGAUGCUCGAAAAUUUGAAAAGACAGAGGAUAAUCGCGUUAGAAUCACUGGUGUGGAACCCACUCAAAAAGGACCCCUUCUUCAGGUCACUGCUGGAAAAGUGAUUACGUGCGGUGGCUUUUACGCGGAUCGUUUAGCGACCGCCACUGGCGGUGAUGGCAAGAAACAUCGUGUUCUUACAUUCCGAGGCCAGUACUACCAGUUGAAGCCCGAAUUCAGAAAUAUCGUAUCGCGUAAUAUCUAUCCUGUUCCCAGCGGUGGCGGUAUUCCCGUCGGCGUUCAUUUUACACCUACCGUGGACGUUCGUCGUGGCCACCAAUUGAUUGUCGGUCCCGGUGCUUGCAUUACCUUUUCCCGUGAAGGCUACAAAUUCUUUGAUUUCAAGUUGCAAGAUGUCUUGGAUAUCUUUACUAAUGGCGCUUUCUGGUCGUUUGCCUUCAAAAAUAUCGGAUUAUCACUUGGCGAACUUUAUCGUGAUCUGAAUAAGCGCGCUUUCCUGAAGAGCGGCCAAAAGAUCAUUCCUAGCCUUCGAGGCGAUAUGGUAGAACCCAGUUUCGCCGGCGUCAUGGCUCAGGUGUUUGAGCCUGGAGGUAUUGCCGCCAGUGAAUAUAUCGUCGAGCGUAAUGUGAUGGAUGGAUUAGUACUCAACUUGAGAAACGCACCUAGUCCUGCGGCUACAGCUGCUCUAGCCAUCGCAGAAAUCCUUGCAGAUACCGCAGAACAAGAUUUCGGGGCAGAUUUCAAUCAGAAAAAGUAA